CUGGCCGGUCCCGCUUACUCCUGCCCUCCCCCUCCAAGAGGAAGGAUCGAGACCGGUGAAAAGGGCGACACUCGAGGAAACCGAGAAACUGCAACUGUCGGUAAAGAAGAUCCACUCACCUACCACCGCCCGGUGGACUUUGACCCUGCGGCCGAUGCUGGGGGAGACGAGGCUGAGGCGAUCGCCCCUCGCCCCCGGGACGGGGCUGGGGCUGCGCCGGGGGGGCGAGGGGCCCGUCGAGAGGGUGUAGCUGCUCCCAGGGUUGAUGGCCCCCCCCGUGCCCAGGCCCCCCACGCCCCCGAUCAGGCCCCACUCCGCGAAGCUGUCGAUCGAGCUGCUUCGGGGCAGACACGACCCUGACCCACUGUCUCGCCUUAAACAAAUGUCGAAAACGUCACGUAGUCAGAUGGUAAUCAGCAUGGAUGUUUCAAGCAUUGAGAGCGGAGAAGCUUUCGUGCGGUCGUCCAAGAACUCUUCUGCCCUGCGUUGCAGCUGCAUCAAUUCCAACUCAAUAUGCUACGUUGUGAUAACGGUGGCAACGUUAGCUCUGCUCGGAGCCAUAGUGUUCCUCUGCCGAGACUACAUCAAGGCUCUGCUCUACUGGAUAGAGCAUCAGAACACCUGGGUCGUGACGAUCAUCGUCGUGGCUCUGUUCACCGUUGUCUCCUUCCCCAUAGUCAUCGGAUACCUCUUCCUCAUCGUAGCCAGUGGUUACCUCUUCGGCAUAGUUCAGGGUAUUACGAUGGUCGUGCUGUCUGCAAAUCUUGGCAUCGCCAUCGCACAUGCCACUCUGGGAGCCUUGUCAUCGAGACUGCCUAUAGGUGCCCUUCUACAAAGUGAUACAGCGAGAGCAAUACUCAGAGUCAUAUCAGGACCGCAAGCUUUUAAAGUGGUCCUCUUUGCCAGACUCACUCCGAUCCCAUUUGGACUGCAAAACACCAUAUUUGCGGUCAGUAACAUUGGUGGUAUUCGGUAUCACAUAGCCAGUGCUCUAGGUCUGCUUCCUGCGCAGCUAAUCAACGUAUACUUAGGCAGUAGUCUUCGAUCGAUGCAAGAUGUCCUCGAAGAUAGAUCAACCGCAGCCACUGGUUACAUCGUGUUCUGUUUUCAGAUUAUGGUGGGAGUCUCUUUAAUGGUCUACGUUGUACAGAAAGCUCGAAGAGAAUUGCAACUGGCUUUGUUAGAAGCCGAUCUUGCAUCAAUGGCAGACAGCUCGCAUUUUUUAUUGGAUUCUUUACCGGACACGAAGAUUGUAUUGACGAAUCUCAUAGCUUGAAGCUAACGAAAAACGUGCCAACGCGAUCGGGGAAUUUUCUAAUUUUCCGUGAUUUACAGUCGGAUUCAUUUUUUGCAAAUCUCAAUUUUUCAUACAGAACUAGAAGUGAUUUCUUCUGUUCGCCUUUUUAAAUGGGAACCAUCGUGCCAAACUCUACUUCUGGAAUCCUCAGUGAUGAAUCUGAUUUGCUAUUUUCUGAGUAACAGUAUUAUUUCGUCGAAUGAAAUUGCAUCAAUUCAGAUAUUGCAUUUUUGUCGCCUCUGAAACCCUUCUACUCGAGAUAUAUAUAUUUUUUAUUAUUUUAUUUAUGUACAUAUAUAUUAUCUACAACUAUUUAAAUCCUAUUUAGGGAGGGAAUAGGACAUACGCUGCAAUUGUGUUUACAAUUAUAAUAUAUUACCUUGCGAGGCGUGUAAUCAAAACAAUCCUCGCUAAUAGAUUAAGUUCGAUAGGUUAUGUCGACUGCGGAGGCUAAGAGAAAACAAACGGCGGGUUAAUUAUUCUAAUAAUUACAAAAAUAAUUGGGUCGUUUCGUUCACCUUGCUAAGAUACUCGGAUGCUUGAUAAAUAAUUGUGUAUAAGUUUUUAAUAAUUAUUGAAACUUUCCAAACUCUCCUGUGACGACAGAUCAUGUCGAAAUGUAUUUUACAGUAACGAAACGAUCCAGUUAUCGCUGCAACGGUUUUGCAAUCAACUUAUUACGUUUAUGUAAUAUACAAUUGUAUAAUUGAAUAGUGUGAUGACUAACUAAACUCAUUGUUAAUACGAUAAGGUACCGUUGUAUUAACGGUCAUAAUGAACCAUGACACAUAAAGUGCAUCUAAACGAGUAAUAGAGUUUUAUGACAAAAUGGAAUUAAGAAACAAAAGUAAGUAGAUAAUUGCAAGGAAAAAACAAAUACAUCGGACUUCUUGAAUUCAAGUAAUGUGAAACGCUUAAUUCCUGAACCUGUAUUUACAGAAAUGUAACUUGCUCUAUCGAUAGAUCAUGUAAAAAAUGGAAUUAUUACAUCGAAGUCUAAAGUCGAGUCACAAGAUACCUUCCUUUCAUCCAUAUUAACGAGGAAAGAUUCUCAACCACUGCAAAUAAUUUCGCAGAAAUCUCACAGUGUUAUGUCUCGUCAAGAUAUCACAUCAAACACGUAUUACCAAAUAUCUCUCUUAAUCAACAUUGUUCAAAAGCAAAGACUUUGCAUUACGGCGCCUUAAAAAUUGUCAACGCGUUAAGUAUUUACUGUAAAAGGUUUUACAGGCUCACGUUAAACUUUACGUGUUUGUUUCCUUCCACAUUGAGAUAAAUAUACAAAAUGUACAAACUCUUAAA